CCAACAAUUAUAGACCCGACAAUUAAUCGUAGCUCUAUUUCCUUACAAUCGUAAACAUGUGUAAAAUGAACUGUUUGUCUGUAACCCGAACUGUUGGGCCUUAAUUUCCCGUGAGGGUCACAUAUUGUCAUUGUCCAAUCAGAAGUCGCGUGAAAAUGGCGCGAAAUUAGAUGCGGAAUGAACCGAAAUUCACCGAAGACCCACGAAGUGGUUGCCACUAUGAUGCAGAGAAGAAACAACAAACGUAAAAAGCCUCUAAUGGUGGCCAAAGAAUGCAUUGAAAGAAAAAGGGAUUUAAAAUUCCUCAAAAAAAUUUGGAUUUGUGAUGAGAUACAAUACAGGGGCAAAUUAUGCAUAGAAGAACCAAUUCAAAGGAGAGUGCUUACAAGUUUUUUCACAAGAAGACCAAGUACUGAAAUGAGAACCGAUGAAACACAGGGUGACCAAGGAGUUUUUAGCAUCAGAGAGAAAAACCAAAGAUAUGUUUCAGCAACCUGCAUAGAAAAGCCUGGGCUCUACACAGAGACAGAUAGUCAUGGCUCUAGAAUAACCAAUGAAACACUCAUUGAGGAUCUUGGCAAUGAAAUGAGAACUGAUGAAACACAGGGUGACCAAGGAGUUUUCAGCGUCAUAGAGAAAAACCAAAGAUGUGUAUCAGCAACCUGCACUGGAGAGCCUGGGCUCUACACAGAGAAAGAUAGUCAUGGCUCUAGGACAAUCAAUGAAACACUCAUUGAGGAGCUUGGCAAUGAAAUGAGAACUGAUGAAACACAGGGUGACCAAGGAGUUUUCAGCAUCAGAGAGAAAAACCAAAGAUGUGUAUCAGCAACCUGCAUAGAAAAGCAUGGGCUCUACACAGAGACAGAUAGUCAUGGCUCUAGAAUAACCAAUGAAACACUCAUUGAGGAUCUUGGCAAUGAAAUGGGAACUGAUGAAACACAGGGUGACCAAGGAGUUUUCAGCGUCAUAGAGGAAAACCAAAGAUAUGUUUCAGCAACUUGCACUGGAGAGCCUGGGCUCUACACAGAGAAAGAUAGUCAUGGCUCUAGGACAAUCAAUGAAACACUCAUUGAGGAGCUUGGCAAUGAAAUGAGAACUGAUGAAUCUCAGGGUCACAAAAGAUUUUUCAGCAUCAGUGAGGAAAACCAAAGAUAUGUAUCAGCAAGCUGCAUAGAAAAGCCUGGGCUCUACAGAGAGAAGGAUAGUCAUGAUUCUAGGAUAACCAAUGAAACACUCAUUGAGGAUCUUGGCAAUGAAAUGAGAACUGAUGAAACACAGGGUGACCAAGGAGUUUUCAGCAUCAGAAAGAAAAACCAAAGAUGUGUAUCAGCAACCUGCAUAGAAAAGCAUGGGCUCUACACAGAGACAGAUAGUCAUGGCUCUAGAAUAACCAAUGAAACACUCAUUGAGGAUCUUGGCAAUGAAAUGAGAACCGAUGAAACACAGGGUGACCAAGGAGUUUUCAGCAUCAGAGAGAAAAACCAAAGAUAUGUUUCAGCAACCUGCAUAGAAAAGCCUGGGCUCUACACAGAGACAGAUAGUCAUGGCUCUAGAAUAACCAAUGAAACACUCAUUGAGGAUCUUGGCAAUGAAAUGAGAACUGAUGAAACACAGGGUGACCAAGGAGUUUUCAGCAUCAUAGAGGAAAACCAAAGAUAUGUUUCAGCAACCUGCAUAGAAAAGCAUGGGCUCUACACAGAGACAGAUAGUCAUGGCUCUAGAAUAACCAAUGAAACACUCAUUGAGGAUCUUGGCAAUGAAAUGGGAACUGAUGAAACACAGGGUGACCAAGGAGUUUUCAGCGUCAUAGAGGAAAACCAAAGAUAUGUUUCAGCAACUUGCACUGGAGAGCCUGGGCUCUACACAGAGAAAGAUAGUCAUGGCUCUAGAAUAACCAAUGAAACACUCAUUGAGGAUCUUGGCAAUGAAAUGAGAACUGAUGAAACUCAGGAUCACAAAAGAGUUUUCAGCAUCAAUGAGGAAAACCAAAGAUAUGUAUCAGCAAGCUGCAUAGAAAAGCCUGGGCUCUACAGAGAGAAGGAUAGUCAUGAUUCUAGGAUAACCAAUGAACCACUCAUUGAGGAUCUUGGCAAUGAAAUAAGAACUGAUAAAACACAAUGUGAUCAAGAAGUUUUUAGCUCUAGGAUAACCAAUAAAACACUCAUUAAGGAUCUUUGCAAUGAAAUGAGAACUGAUGAAACACAGGGUGACCAAGGAGUUUUCAGCAUCAGUGAAGAUAUCCAAAGAGAUGUAUCAGCAACCUGCAAAGGAAUGUCUAAGCUCUACACAGAGAAAGAUGGUCAUGGCUCUAGGAUAACCAAUGAAACACUUAUUGAUGAUACUCUUCAUUCUAAGUCUAUUGGUUUUGUGUCAACAAGAAAAUACUGUAUAUAUGACGAAGUUAAUGCCUUUUGUUAUGCAAAAAGGAUUGAUUAUAUGCCAGUGUAUGAUGAUUAUGAAGGAAUUUUUCGAAUUUAUUUAUUCUCAUCGAAGAAAGCUUUGCAGACCAUUGAAUUUAUUGGAAGAAGAAAUUUAAAUGCAGUGUUUGUAAAUUUUGUAUGAUUUAGCUCAACAUGAAGGUAACUAAUUAGAUUGAUAAAACUAUUUUUCUGAAUAUGUUUUGGAAAUUGUACUGCUAUUUCUGUCUUAGUCUAUUGAUUUUUUUUUAAUUUUAAAUCAAUCAGCGAGUGAAGAUCUUUUUAUUGGGCUCAUGCUUUAAUUAUUAUGCUACAAACUGGUGUGCAACAUGUAACACUUGCAUGACAUACUGGAAGUUUAUCAGAUAAACACUGACAAUAAAGACCACAGGAAUGAUGUGUUCGUCAACAAAUGAGAAAUAAACAUGAUAUUUUAAGUGCUAGGCUAAAUUGAUAAAUAUUCAAUCGAAUGCAUAUGGAACUUAAAAGAAAUGGAAUAAAGAGAAGGGUAAACUUAAACAAUUUUCAAAGACAUGAUACAUGAUGUCAACGAUAUUAAUCUUGUUUCAGGUAUCCAAAAACAAAAAUGACUGUAUGCAGAACUUUACAAAAAGUUUUUUUUUUUCAAUUAUCAGAUUUGUUGAUUUUUUUUUAAAUUUGUUCCUAUGCACUUUGACUUUCUAUGGAAACCAUUGUGACAUAGCUACAAUUUUAGAAGCUGACCUGGAUUAUCAUGUACUUUACUGUACAAUGUAACAUUUUUAUGAAUGCAUAUUGGAUUUUGUGAUAUACACUUUUGAAAUAUUGAUUUUUAAAAAAUAAGUUUUCAGCUAAUACAUUUUAGUUUAAGUUUUACUUUUAUGCACCAAGUAGUAAUAAAUGAAAUUAUCAUUCAUGUUGUU